AUGUUUGUUAUUUCAGUUGGAAGUGCUACUCCUGAUCCAAGUUCAGCAGGACAGUCAGAAAUUGUUGCCGUAAUAAGUGGUGGCAGUAUUCCGUCAGUGAACGUGGACACCACCCCAAUGUGUCAACUUGUUCUUGCCUCUCCAACUCCAAAUCAAAGUGGCUCUUCAAACAGUUUUGGAAGCAUAGAGAAAAAAACAUUGAAGGAAAGCGGUUCUGCUGAAAAUCACAAAGUGCUUAAAUCCAAAAAAAAGAAAUCUAUGAGAAUCAAGAAGAGAAAGUUCACUACAGCUUUAAAUGUAAUGCAAGAGCAUUCCUUUAAGUUGGACCAAGUGCAAGGAAUGCUCCGCAGAAUUCUAGGCAAGAUGUUUCCUGAGGAGGUUGUUCGGAAACCAGCUGGCAUGCCAAAUAUUCCUUUGAAAGAUCAUGAUGAAUUCCAGCAGAUGGAAGAAUAUUUGAGGGAUGAUGAGAAUUUUGAUGCUCUGGUAAACCAUCUAUUUGGAAAUGUGAAGUAUGCAGACAAUGAACGUAACUGUGUUUACAUUUCCUUGGAUAAACUCUUCACCCCAGAAUUAUGUGCCACAAUUAGCUGGAAAGGGACCAAGGGAGAGAAAUAUCCAUUCUUCAACACUAAAUGUCUCGAGCUCCUUCAAU